UAAGAAAAGAGGAGUAAAAUUCCAUCCCCUUAAUUAAUUAAUAAUAAUAACAAGAAGAAUAAUAGUAUUUCCCAAUUUGACGGUGGCAAAAACCGGCCAGAAACGCCACCUCCCACCAGUCAACCGCCGCCAAUCCCCCGCCAUUUUUUGUCAUUGUAAACUGCAGAACCAAUAGAAUUUCUUGCUUCCCUAUCAAUUAGUCCAACAUUUCAUUUUCAAAUUGACCAACAAAUUUCAAAAAUUCAGACUGAAAGACGAAAGCAAAAAACCAGAAUUCACUUCACUCUCGUGAACUUCACCCAUCCAUUUCUUCUACGUUUUUGUUUCCACCACGUCAUUGAGCUUAUCAAUUCUUCUUUUUCUUCUCGAGGAUAAUUAUAAAGAAUUCAAGAUUUAAUUUCUCUUUUUACAACCAGUGAUUGUUUAAUUCUUGGUAUGGAGUCGAAAUCGCAGCAAAGAUUCGGCUUAGGGAGGCAGUCUUCACUGGCGCCGGAGGGUCAAAAUGACGGCGGCGCUGUUGUCUCUGGUGCCGAUGAUGAGGACGUCGAUGAGGGUGAAGGCGGGGUCGUGGUUGAUCCUGGAGUGAGGCUAAUGUACAUGGCGAAUGAAGGUGAUUUGGAGGGGAUUAAGGAGGCUUUGGAUUCUGGGACUAGUGCCAAUUUCCGGGACAUUGAUGGCCGGACGGCGUUGCACGUCGCCGCCUGCCAGGGCCUUGCCGAUGUUGUCCAGUUGCUCCUCCGUCGGGGUGCCACCGUGGAUGUCAAGGAUCGCUGGGGCAGCACGCCUCUUGCAGAUGCAAUUUAUUACAAAAAUAAUGAUGUUAUCAAGCUUCUGGAGGCACACGGAGCAAAACAUCCGGUGGCUCCAAUGCAUGUUCAAAAUGUUCGUGAAGUUCCAGAAUAUGAAAUAAAUCCACAAGAACUUGAUUUUAGCAAGAGUGUUAACAUAACAAAGGGGACAUUUUGCAUAGCUUCGUGGCGUGGAACCCAGGUUGCUGUUAAGAGACUUGGAGAAGAAUUGUUCAGAGAUGGAGAGAAAGUGAAGGCAUUCACUGAUGAGCUUGCUUUGCUUCAAAAGUUGCGGCAUCCCAAUGUAGUUCAGUUCCUUGGCGCGGUAACCCAAAGUACACCGAUGAUGAUCGUAACAGAAUAUCUGCCAAAGGGAGAUCUUGGUGCAUUCUUACGAAGAAAAGGUGCCUUGAAGCCGAUAAUUGCAGUAAAGUUUGCUUUGGAUAUUGCUAGAGGAUUGAAUUACCUACACGAGCAUAAACCAGAAGCAAUAAUUCACCGAGAUCUGGAACCAUCGAAUAUACUACGGGAUGACUCUGGGCAUUUGAAAGUUGCCGACUUUGGACUCAGCAAGCUGAUGUUAGUCACAAAAUCUAUUAAAGAAGAUAAACCUGUUGGAUGCCAAGAGACUUCGUGGCGAUAUUUGGCUCCGGAAGUUCUUAAGAACGAGGAAUAUGAUACCAAAGUUGAUGUAUUUUCAUUUGCUUUAAUACUGCAGGAGAUGAUUGAAGGUUCUCUUCCAUUUUCUGAGAAGCAAGAGAAUGAAGUUCCAAAAUUAUAUGUACAGAACGAACGACCUCCAUUCAGGGCUCCUGCCAAGCUUUAUGCCCAUGGUUUAAGAGAGUUAAUUGAAGAUUGUUGGAAUGAUAAACCCUCUAAGCGACCAACUUUUAGACACGUAAUAUCCAGGCUUGAGGAAAUUAAUAGAUAUCUACUUCGGGGAUGGCGAUGGAAGGUUUGACACACUCCUAUUCUCUUGUUUGUUCCUUGUGCUUGUGCCACAAAGUUUCAUAUUUCCAAUUGAUAUGAUGGGAGUGAUGCAUUAUCACAAUUGGGCAAUUAGAGUAUUAGGCAGCACACAGCUGAGUUUUGGCUGUAAGUUGAAGUAUGUUGGAUCUUUAUCACAACAUGAAGUUUAUGUUCACAAAAAGAGGAAUGAAAAAGUAAAAGUUAUACAGUAUGAAUUACUUGUGCAUUUGAAUGUAAGCAAUGAUCAACCUAUGUUUUAGAGCUCUUAAAGUCACUGCUUUGUGCAUGCUUAUGAAACACCUAAUACAUUCUACUUUUGAAUUAUAAUGUUUCUAUGCUAUGCAGGCAAAGGCGCUGACGUGCUUCCAAAGCCUUGAAGCCAUAUUUAAAUCUGAUCACGCUAAUUCAAGAAGUAGAUCCUCUCACUCAACUGUCUCCACUGUUGGAUGAAAAACAGAAGUCAAGUGUUCUCCAAUUCGUUUGGCUUAUAGCCUUAUUUACAGUAGAACAAAUUCAUUCUUUUGUCAAAGCUUUGAAUAACAUCAUCGAAUCUGUAUAUUCCCUGUGGCCAUCUCCAUCAUGUAAUAGAUGGAUAAAAGAAAAAGUGGCUCUUCCUUUUGUUUCUCAUUGGUUGUUAACACCAUUUUUAGGAAUUGUACAUGCUCCCCGAAUGGUGUUUCUCAUUGAACGGUCUUUGAACUUCUUAUUCUUUUACAGGAAAAUUAUCUGCAAAAUUUGUUGGUAGGAUGCAUACUUCAUUUGUUUUAUGAUUAUGACUGAGAAAGAUGUUGGCGAGUGAAUGUUUGUAAAAUAUUACCACACUUGUAUCAUACACAGUUUGAAACUCAUUGCCAUCCUUACAUAGAAGGUGGAGAAGCUCUAGAGUAGUUUGUGUUCCAUUUGAUAUUUUAGUAUUUGCUUUGCCAUACUUGAAACAUAACAAACACCGACCACCAAUUAUUUGGAAAGCAGUUCAAUGCAAGAUCCGAACCACAUCGAUACGCCUACAGCAUAUAUAGUAAAUACAAAUCCACUAUGCAAUCCAAAAAAAUAUGCAUGGGUCUUGUAUGAUGCUAUUUUCAUUUUGAUCAAUCAGUAAAAAAGCAAUAUUACUCUGCCCGACUUCCAUACCAUUUCAUCUUGAUCAACCGGUAAAAAAGCAACAUUACCCUGCCCGACUUCCAUACCAUUUCAUCUCCAUCAACCAGCUAAAAGCAACAUUCCUCUGCCUGACUUCCAAACCACUCAGGUGUGCUGUUGUGCACCGUUCUUUUCCUUGCUUUCAAUUGUUCGAACCUCAAUGCAGUCUUAAUUUUUGGUACAAUGCUGAUCAAUCAAAUUAUUGGUCAGCUUCAGGUUCCAUCAUCCUGUUAUCUUACAUUUUGGGUAACCUUUCCAACAGGUUUAUAAUAAUACGCACUUGCAUCCUGAUAAUGCUUAUCCUGCAAAGAGGAGAUUCUCUCGUAGAAAUCCUUAACUUUUGGAUCCGCUUGAAUCUUCUUAGGGUUAAGACCCGAUAAGUGAAGCCCAUCCAAGGUUCUCACACGUGAAAGUGCAACGUAAACCAUUCCAUUGCCAAAAGCUCGACUGAGGUCUGUAUGCAGGCGGUCGAUGGUCAUGCCCUGACAUUUGUGAAUGCUUAGAGCCCAUGCUAGCAUGAGGGGUAUCUGCCUACGCUUAGCAACAACUGUAUCUCCAUCCAUCACAACCCAUGUCUCCAGACCAAUCCUAUACACAUCUCCAAAAUCAAAUUUUACCACUGGUAACACUUUCCCAUCACUACUUAUGCUCUCAAGAUCUCCAUCAUACAUGUCAGUAACACUAUGUUUCCUGCAAGCAUUAUCGUGAACACCAUGCUGAGAUUUGGCAUCAAUCAGGUCGUGGAAAUCUAUUACUGUGCCAGUGGCACCAUUCACAAGCUUCUGGUAGAUAUUUAUAUUCUUACACAACAUCACCCUUGCUCCUAUACAGAGCUCAAGCUGAUCGGGAACAAUUCCUGACUUAAGCUGCUUCUUUGAAGAUUCUUCACCAGUGUCAAGAGCAGUAUAAACAGUUAUUCGCUCCCCUAAGUCGAGCAAGCACUUCUUAUUCACCCUAUUGACAUCUACAAUACGUGGAAAGAGCUGUACGGCUGAAGGAUCCUCCUCUGGCAAGCAGGAUCUUUGUUCUAAAAGUUUUAGAUCCUCAGGAUCAAACACUCCUUUCCGUAUUCCCUGCAGAACUUUUACAAGUGUAGGCUCUGACUGCCUGAAAACAAGAGGAAGCACAAUUUGCAAAUCAAAACUUUCAUCCCAGCAAUCCGCUUCAAAUGCAUAUACCUUUACAUCCUUCGUCUCAUCCUUCUUAUUCUUCUUAAUAAUAGGAGGCAACUGGUAAAAGUCUCCACUCACAACCAGCUGUAAUCCACCCCAAACUCUGCGCUUAAACGACGGAUUCCCAUCUCGUACUAGCCGGGCUAUGUACUCUAGCAUAUCGAAAUAUUCAGCACUAAUCAUACUAAUUUCAUCAAUAACCAGAACUUUGGCCUUAUUCCACCUCCUGUAGGCCUUCCUAUCAGAGAAAACCCUAGACAGCAAAGUUUCGCGGUCAACAUCAGCAAGGCCAAUGCCGGCGAAGGAAUGGAGGGUCAAGCCAUUAAUGGCACACGCAGCAACUCCAGUUGAAGCUGUCACAAAAACCUGCGAUCGACCGUGAUUUUUCUUGAGUUCCUUAAUAACAUGCUCAACCAAAGCAGUUUUCCCAGUUCCAGCUGAGCCACUGAUGAAAACAGACUUUCCAUCACGAAUAGCCCUCAGGGCUUUAGAUUGUUCAUCAGUCCACUGUAUUUUAGGCUUUCUAGGAGUUGUAGCACCACUUUUGCUCUUCUUAUAUUUGUUCUUAGAAAACUUGGAUUUCUUCCAUUUCGGUUGCUGAGAAGCAGCACCAGAACUAUAAUACCUCACUGUCCCUAUAAGAGAACAGAACAACUGCUUCAUGUUUCUCCACUCCACCUCCUGUCUCUCUUUCAAAAACUAUGUAAACUGACUCAAACCACAAAACAACACAUCUUACGUCCACUGUCACUUAUAAACAUCAAAACCCACCAAAAUUCAACUUUCCGGAGCUCGAAACAUAUACAAAUUGGACUCGAAUGCUGUAACAGUAUAACUAGGCACCAUUUCACUUAACAGUCUAGUCCUUAAAAAUUCCAUUCAUAAUCAGGGCUUUUAAGAAAACCAGUUGAUAAUACCAGAGUGAUCACAUUACGCUACUGGGUCAUCAUAAUUUUUCAAAAAGAUUGAAUCUUGACGGAAAUCGCUGAUUACCAUGAACAAUGGCUACAGAUGAAUCUAACAAGAGAUUAAAGUCUAAUGAACGGGGGAAAAAAAUGAAAACGCUGUUGAGCAUUUUCAGGGAGAAUGAAAAACAGUAAAGAAGCAAUUACUCCAUACCACACUUCUUUGGAAUUUGUACUUGUACAGCAGUUUGAGGUUUUAUUUCUGAUUGCGUCUGGAGGAGGACUCCUUCCAGUGAAACUGUUGAACGAUGCUGC